UUUUCUAUCCUUCUCACACCUACUUACUUACUCUGACUCGGUUUCUCUCUCUGUCUUCUCUCUUACUCAUUAUACUAAGCCGAGUUUAUUCGAUUCAUGGAAUAAACUGCGGAAAGCACAAAGAAGACCAGAUGCAGUAUACAGUUGUCUUAACUUGAGACCUGCCUGUCGAUCUACCUACCUACAUACCUAGGUUAGGUAACUAGUAGGAAUUUCCCCUGUCCUGUAACUAUCUCUUACCUGAAGUCACACAAAGAUCAGCUACAAGGUACCUGGUAGUUAGCACAUGCAGCCUCCUUUUACUACUGUCUACUACACCGUCCUUGUUCCUUGCUAGUUCAUUUAGAGUUUUUAUUUUUUAUUAUUAAUUUCUUCGGUUUUAUUUUUUCUCCUUCCUCUUCAGAAGCUUUGCCUUGCUUCAUAACCUAUCCUUUUUUUUUUUUUCCUAAAAACUCCCCUUUCCAGCUAGACGGGGAUUUGGAAUUGGAAUUGUCAUGAGUUCCAUAAAGAUUAGUCCGGAAUUGCCUCCGAACGACGUGAUCGUGCUGCGGAAUCUUGCCGACGACAUUCAGCGGUACCAAGAAAACGCCGACCCGACCUCCGCAAAGCCGUCGGCAUCCGGCCAAGGAGAUGCCAAUGGAUCCGCUGGCCACCAUUACACCUCGCCGUCCAGGGACGAGCAAGACCUCAAGCGGAUGAGAGCUUCUAACGACCCGGGAAACCAAGACUUUGAGCCGUCGGUCAUCUGCUCCGCCGACCUGCGGGAUCUGGCUACCCGGCUGCACCCCGUGGUCUACAAGCAUGUCUUGCUACCGUAUAUAAAAUGGGCUCAGGGUAUUGCCAGACAUCCAAGGUACGAUGCUACGCCAUUUACUUCUAUAUUCAACUUGGCCUUUUCAAUUUCAUGAUCUUGCUUUUCUCUUAAAGAGACUAUUUUGAGUCCUGCUUAAGAUGAAUAAAUCCCUAAGUAGUUUGCUAAUGA